AUGUCUCAUACUCAGCCCUCACCCACCGCGGGUGUGGCUCCCCACCACGCCGCGGCGCACAUGGCCGCUCACGCCCAGGUCAACGGACACAUGCCCGCUAUUCCCGCGCAAGGCCAAAAGGGGGUUCCUCUCACCACUGCCCAAAAGAUUGCUGCGCUCAACGAGCAAGUCUGGCUGUCAAUUGGCAGUUUGACUGAGCUUAUGGGGGAUCUCGAUGGCGCUAUGAAUGCGUAUGAGCAGGCUUUGCGUCACAAUCAAUGGUCCAUUCCGGCCAUGAACGCCAUCUCUUGCAUCCUCCGCACUAAGGAGCAAUUCCCCAAGGCCAUCGAGUAUCUUCAGAAUAUCUUGAAGCUGGAUCCAACCAGCGGAGAAACUUGGGGCAGCCUGGGACACUGUCAUUUGAUGAUGGAUAACCUUCAAGAGGCCUACACCUCUUACCAACAAGCUCUGUACCAUCUGCGCGACCCGAAGGAACCCAAGCUCUGGUAUGGAAUUGGUAUUCUUUACGACCGUUACGGAUCCCUCGACCACGCCGAAGAAGCAUUUUCUCAAGUUAUGCGCAUGGCUCCCGAGUUCGAGAAGGCCAAUGAGAUUUAUUUCCGCCUGGGAAUAAUUUACAAGCAACAGCAGAAGUUCAGCCAGAUCCAGUGCUUUAAGUACAUUGUUAAUGACCCGCCUCGCCCACUGACCGAGGAAGAUAUUUGGUUCCAGAUCGGUCACGUUCACGAGCAACAGAAAGACUUCGACUCCGCUCAAGCGGCCUACCGCCGAGUUCUCGACCGCGACCCGAACCAUGCCAAGGUCCUGCAACAACUCGGAUGGCUUUACCACCAACAAAGUGGUAGCUUCUCAAGCCAAGAGAAGGCCAUCGAGUUCCUCGAGAAAUCGGUUAGCGCGGACAACAAUGACGCGCAGAGCUGGUACCUUCUUGGUCGCUGUUACAUGUCGCAGGCGAAGUACCCCAAGGCCUACGAAGCCUACCAACAAGCCGUGUAUCGCGACGGUCGCAACCCUACUUUCUGGUGCUCCAUCGGUGUUCUCUACUACCAGAUCAAUCAGUACCGCGACGCACUCGAUGCUUACUCUCGUGCGAUCCGCCUGAACCCAUAUAUCUCUGAGGUCUGGUAUGAUCUGGGCACUUUGUACGAAUCAUGCAACAACCAGAUUGCCGAUGCGCUGGAUGCCUACGGGCGCGCUGCUGAUCUGGACCCUGCCAAUGUCCACAUCAAGGCCCGCCUGCAAUUGCUUCAAAGCCAACUCCAGGGUGGCAAUGCCCAACAGCCAAACGCUCCCGCACCUCAGCCCCAAGACGUCCACCCCCAGGCAUACCAGGCUCCUGGUGUCGGUCAGCCGCCCGCUCCCCAAUGGGGCGCCCCUGCCCCAGUCGGUCCACCAGCCCAGGCACCUGCGCCCCCGAGACAGAUUGCCGAUUGGAAUCGCGGAAUCAAUGAUCUGGCGUCUCAAGGGCCUGCUCCCCCGCCAACGGCCUUGACCAGCGAGACCCAAUCCGUGCCCCUGGCCCUAUUCCUCAGGCAAGCCCUCGACAGGAGCCCGGCCGUGCUUUCCCCGACCCUGCUCGUGGCCCAGGUCACUCGCCCAAACUGGGCGGUCCCUCUGCCGUGCACCCAGCGGUGGGUUUCCCCCCAGUGGCUCGUGGGCCUCUACCUCCUGCUCCCCCUGCUGCCGCUGCUCCUCCUCCGGGUCCCAAUGGCGGCCCUCCUCCCCCCUCCUCCUGCUGCUCCUGGUGCCGCUGGGGCACCUCCUGCUUAUCACCGCCCAUUCACUCCCCCCACUGAGAUCCGCCCUAUUCGGGAAGAGCGACCCUCUUCACCCGGCUCGGGCUACCCUCACCAGCAGUAUCACCAUGGGCCCACGGCCCCUGCACCCCCGGCUCCCAAUUCAACAGGCAUUGCUUCGGGUGCUCCUGCUCCUGCAUCUGCUGCGGCUGCUGCGGCUGCCGCUGAGGCAGCUGCUCGUGAGCGUGGUGAAGACCGUCCCGCCUCGGCCAUGAAACGUGGCCGCGAAUGGGAGGGUGAGUCUGGACCAGUGAAGAAGCUGGCCAGCGAUGAGAACCGGGCCCGUCUAGACGAUCAGAACAGCCGUCGCCCCAGUCCACCUGCACACUUACCAUCCCCUAGCGAGAUGCAACGGCGCAGCUCCUCGGAAGCUCGACGCGAGGAUGCCCGUCGUGCCAACGAAAACUAUCACCCAUCUGAGGCAGCCCAUCACCCUCCCACCCUGCCCUCGAUUCAAAACAUGCCUCCCCAUGCUUCCAGUGGUCCCAGCCUUCCUCCCAUGACCGAGGCCGCUGCUCCCGCCUCUAACGGACCCCCCUCAGGUCCUCCUUCGGCCAACACCAACACCCCCGUCAAGGAAGAGGCUCCUCGCCCAGAGGCGCCCGCAUCUCACGAGCCUCCAGCUCGGAAAAUGGACGUUGAUGAGGACUAUGAUGAUGAUGCAGACGAGGAGAAGAAGGCCGCCGCGGCCCCAAAGGGUAGCCCUAACGGCGAGAAUGCGGCCAACGGCACCAGCAACGGUCGCCCAGGUACGCCUUCAAAGGCCGAAACCUCCGCAUGA